ACCAUGCAAAAAACCACGAUGUACUAUGAUAAGAUAAAAAUUAUAAUCGGCCCGUAAUUUUUAUUCUUCGUGCAAUGUUCUGAAUAUUCUGAUGAACCAAAUGAACGUCAUAACUUAUAAAUAGGUACACGAAUUAAAUAGUUAAAUUAUUCUAAUUCAAAUUCAGUAAUUAUUUCUUAUAUUUUAUUAAAAAACUUUGAAUCAAUGCUUUAAGACUUGAUUCAAGUUUUAUAUAUAGGUAAAUUAUUAAAGAUUAUAUACCUUAAUGAGCUCCAAAGAAGAAUUUUUAUCCAAAACUGAACGCACUAAGUGUUGGCUGUCUCGUGAUAAUUUUUGGGAAUGUUUGCGUUCCAAUAAUGAUAACGCCGACAAAUGUACUGAUCUUAGACUAAUAUACGAGUCAUCUUGUCCUGUUCAAUGGGUAAAACACUUUGAUCGAAAAUAUAACUACUUGAAGUUUAAAGAAAAAAUGGAAAAAGAUGGUUAUGAACCUUUAAACGAAAAAUGAUGUACUUAAUAUAAUAUUAUAUUCAAUUAUGAUGUUAGUUUAAUUGGUAGGUAACAAACUAGUUAAUAGUUUAUUUGAAAUUAGUUUUUUUUAUAUUUAAUUUUAUAAUAUUUCUUCAUUUUUAUCUUUCUUGUGUUAAAAAGUUAAAUAUAAUAUAAUAAUUACCUAAAUGUUAUGUAUAAAUAUAACAAAGAUAAAAAUUGUUUAAAUUUGUAUUAUGAAACAACAAUUGUUAAACCAAUAAAUAUUUAUUACAGUUAUUACUUAUUUAA